AAGGCAAGUGGGCCGAAAUGCAGCAGGUUUUCUCGCCUAUUUUUAUUUUCUCUCCUGCGCCCGUCCUCUUCUUUUACAUCCCAAAAUAACAAGAUUCGAAUUCCCACAGCAGCCGUUGCUUUCAUCAUCACCCCCAAUUUCCAAUUAUUAUCGUCGGGGAAUCCGCAACAGUGAUGCCUGCUCAACUCACACCCGAGGCUGCCAUUCAGCUAAGAGAAGGGAUCGGUUUGCUUCUUGGUAGAUGGAGCGCUCUUCAGAUGGCUAUUCAGAACGAAUGGGGUGGGCGUGACACUCGUCAGAGAGCCCAACAGCUUACCCUUGAUAUCUACCAAUGGCUUAUCAGACCUUCUGAGGGGUUAUACGUCGACGAAUUGGAGGAUUUACUUGAUGACUUUAUGCUCUCUCUUAAUACCGAGAUCGAUGACGGUAGCAUUGAGGAGAUAGCAGAAAACUUAAUGAUAAUGCAUGAAGAAUGUUUGGAAGGUAACUUUGCCUCCAUUGGACGGCUAAGGCAAUCCGUUCCUACUUCUAAUCAACAAAUACAGGUUGUGAAAGGUGGUGAAGAUGAUUCAGAUUCUGCAUCAAGCUCAGGGGAUGAUGAAUCAAUGGAGGAUGCAAAUGAAGAUGAAGAUGAAGGUGAAAAUGACUCUGCACCACAGGAUCCAGUGGCAGCACCGAAGGUGGAUGCAGAUGGCUGGACCGUAGUUUCUUCUAGAAGAAACAGAGGCGGCAGGCCUUGAGUUUCCGUCUUUUCAUCUCUAUAAUUAUACAACUCGUUUCUCGAACAGAUAUUUUAUACACAAGUAUGAAGUGUUCAAGUUCUUUUUUUGCUGUGUUUAGUCAGACAUGAAGAAUUAUGUGCUUGUGUUUUAGAUGUACUUGUCCCAUGUCUGAGGUUUUGUCUGACAAUGAUUUGUUAUGCAGCUAACUUAUUUGGUUUGUUUUAUCAAUUUAUGUAGCUGGUUAAAACAUGUUGUAAACUCAUCUUUGUAUAAUUGUAUUAACUACUUACAUGGA